CUUUAUCAUUUUCGUUUCACUUCUUGACUCUGUCGACCAUUCAGUAUCAGAUAAGUCACAGAAGUGUUCAAACAAGGCAGAAAAGAUACGCACAAACAUCUUUGGACUGAACAGUUUUCUUAAAAAAAACCUUCCAUUAAAAAAUGGUGCAACAUAAAAACAUCGGAAUAGAAAAAUCACCGCAUCGGUUGGAGCAAGCUUACGACGAAAUCUUCACUGAAGGUGCCCUUCAGUUUUUGCAAGACCUCUGCAUCGAAUUCGAUCAUCAGGUUGAAGAGCUUCUAAAAUGUAGAUUAGAGCGGAAUCUAUCCAUCAGGCAGGGCAAAUGGAGGCCGGAGUUUAAAAACACUAGCGAAGAUUUGGAAUGGAAAGUUGAAGAUCUGCCGGUGCGUUUGCGAAACCGGAAGCUGGACCUAGGUGAUGUUAGCCCUGCCAAUACGGCCUACUUUAUCGACAGCUUGUAUGCCAAGGUUCAGGGUAUACAGGUGGAUUUCGACGAUGGUCAUUGUCCGACUUGGCGCAAUACUGUCCAGGGACUUUAUAAUGUCACAAAAGUUGUGCAUGGGGCACUGCCUGGUGCUCCGGCAGAUAUUUGCUCCUGUCCGGUGCUGAUGCUGCGACCCAGGGCUUUUAACAUGAUCGAACAUCACUGCAUGGUCAAUGGGAAAGAGGUGAUUGGACCGCUUUUUGACUUUGCUAUCUUGAUGUUUCACAAUGCUAAGCUGAUGGCCGAUCUCGGAGUUGGGCCGUUCUUCUAUCUUUCCAAGAUUGAGGACCCCAUCGAAACCCAGUUGUGGAACAAAAUUUUUACCUGGACUGAGCACCGCCUAAAUCUACCGAAAAAUUCCAUCAAAGCUUGUGUUCUGAUUGAAAAUAUCCUGGCAGCCUACCAGAUGGAAGACGUGCUUUACUCCCUGAAAGAACACGCCAUCGGUCUCAACUGUGGCAUCUGGGACUAUUCGGCUAGUAUAAUUGCAAAAUUCGGUGAUCACAAAGAUUUCCUGAUUCCUGAUAGGAACAAAUACGUGAACAUGGGUCAACCGUUUUUGAGAAACUACAUGCAACUGCUGAUAAACGUUUGUCACCGGCGAGGAGCGCUGGCAACGGGAGGCAUGGCGGCCAAAUUGUUACCAAGCGGCAAGGGUAAUGGCAAUUUAACUCAGGAAAUCAUUGAAAGUGUGAAAUUGGCUAAAUGUGUCGAAAUCGAAACCGGAGUCGACGGAUUUAUGGUCUACGAUUUGAGAAUUGUCGAUUCCAUCAAUGAACUUUGGAACAAGAAAUGUUCAGCUGAUAAUCAGAUAAAACUCAUACCAAAUGUCGAUCACAUUACUGCUUCCAGUUUGGUUAAAAUUCCUCAAGGUGGUGUUACGCUAGAAGGACUGAACAACAACAUCACCGUUGCUCUUCUAUUCAUUUACCAUUGGUACACCGGUUCCGGAGUCUUCUACCUCAACGGAGCCGUGGAAGACUCAGCCACCGCUGAAAUAUCCCGGUCCCAAAUCUGGCAAUGGAUUCGGCACAAGACCCCUAUCGAGGACAAACCGGGCGCCGUCGUGACCCGAUCCCUGGUUUACUCGAUGCUGGAUGCCAUUAUUUCCCGUGCCUAUAAAUCGUGGUGCGUCUCGAUUCCGGACCGGAAGCGGUUGCUAUCCUCGAAAUUUGUGCUGCUAGAAAUUAUUUCUGCUAGGAAUUACAUCGAGUACAUCACUACAUUCCUCAAUGAUAGUCAUAAGUUUAGGACGUUGCACAACAAAAAUGAUGGGUUGGAGUCGAAACUCUAAAGUUGGUUCCUAAGUAGAAAACAAAUAGUUUGGGGUUAAAAAUGGUAGUUUUAAAAUGGGGUAGGUUUAGUUGG